AUGUCAACAACUACACCAUCCGCGGACCCCCCUCGUCCCUCCGCGGCGCCUCCAAGUUCAACCCAAGAAACCCCACCUGACAACAACAACAAGAACAAUAACACCAACACCGACAUCAACAACAAUCUCGACAGCUCCCAAAAACGCCGCCCACAACCAGACCCCCCUCUCCCCACCCCCAAACUCCGCCUCCAAGUCAACGACCUCCGCCAUCCCGGCACUCUCUCCUUCCAAACCCUAGUCCCAGACGUGGUAUCCACCCUCGAAACAGCCCUCUCGACAAUAAUCCGCACGCUCUACACCGUCCCACCCCCACAACAAGAUACCUCCUCCCCUCAGUCUGCCACACACCCCACCCCCAUAACAUUUACCCCAUCUCUCCCACCCACCCGCUCAAUCACCCUCAUCCUCCGCGACAUCCCCGGCGUAGCCUACACAACAGCCACCGAGCUCGACGACAGCCACAAAGAAAUCACCAUCUCCCUCCCCUACAUACACACCAGCGCCAAGCGUCCCUCCGAAAUACCAGGCGUGAUCACCCACGAGCUCGUCCACUGCUACCAGCACACUGCCCCCCCUGCGGAGCCCGGAAAAACCAACAACAAAAGCACACCCCACCCACCCACCGGCCUCAUCGAAGGCAUUGCGGACUUCGUGCGUCUCAAAGCCGGCCUGGAGCCGCCACAUUGGAAGAAGCCGAGUGCUGCGAAGGAGAGGGCGGAGAAGUGGGAUCAGGGGUAUCAGCAUACGGCGUAUUUUCUGGCCUGGUUGGAGGAUGUGAGGGUGGGGAGGGGCGCGGUGGGGAUGUUGAAUGAUCGGUUGUUGAGGGUGGGUUAUUGUGAGGAGGGGGGGAAGGAGGGGGGAGGGGAGUUUUGGAGGGGGCUGUUUGGGGUUGGGGUUGAGAGGUUGUGGGUGGAGUAUGGGGAGUAUUUGGAUGGGUGUGGUUGUGGCGCGGAUUCGAAGACGGGAGAGGAGGGGGAGAGAGAUCAGGAGAAGGUGGUUGUUUCUGCUGGGUAG